AAGCAUUUAGUAUUUCCGAAGCUUUUGACUAUUCUGGGCUUACAAAAUGAACCGUUACACGACAAUGAAACAACUGGGCGAUGGCACCUAUGGCAGUGUGUUGAUGGGAAAGAGCAAUGAGUCAGGAGAACUUGUGGCUAUCAAAAGAAUGAAAAGAAAGUUCUAUUCAUGGGAUGAAUGUAUGAAUUUGAGAGAAGUCAAGUCUCUGAAGAAACUGAAUCAUGCCAAUGUAAUAAAGCUGAAAGAAGUCAUCCGAGAAAAUGACCAGCUGUAUUUUGUGUUUGAAUACAUGAAAGAAAAUCUCUAUCAAUUAAUGAAGGACAGAAACAAGUUGUUCCCUGAGUCAGUCAUCAGAAACAUUAUGUAUCAGAUAUUACAAGGGCUAGCAUUUAUCCAUAAACACGGAUUUUUUCAUAGAGAUAUGAAGCCUGAAAACCUUCUGUGUAUGGGUCCAGAACUUGUGAAAAUAGCUGAUUUUGGUUUGGCUAGAGAGCUAAGAUCUCAGCCACCAUAUACAGAUUAUGUUUCUACCAGGUGGUACCGUGCUCCUGAAGUAUUACUCAGAUCAUCAGUUUAUAGCUCUCCUAUUGAUAUAUGGGCAGUUGGCAGCAUAAUGGCAGAACUAUACACACUAAGGCCUCUUUUCCCAGGGACAAGUGAAGUAGAUGAAAUCUUCAAAAUUUGCCAAGUAUUGGGGACUCCAAAGAAGAGUGACUGGCCAGAAGGAUACCACCUUGCUUCUGCCAUGAAUUUCCGCUUCCCACAGUGUGUCCCUAUAAACCUGAAAACUCUCAUCCCAAAUGCAAGCAGUGAAGCAAUACAGCUCAUGAAUGAUAUGCUGAACUGGAACCCAAAGAAAAGACCUACAGCAAGUCAGGCUUUGAAGUACCCUUACUUUCAAGUUGGCCAGGUUCUAGGACCUCCUUCACAAUACUUGGAGAAGCAGACUCCUCUUAAAGCAGUUCAGCCAACAGAGCCAAAGCCCACUCUACCCAAACUGGAGGCUGUAGCCAAGCCAGAACCUCUGUCCUCGCCUGAGGUACCUGACAAAACACAGGCACAGCCCCUGUCAAAGGUUGACCACUCACCUCUCCAGCAAAUCCAGUUGCCUCAGAAUACAGUGAACCAGCAAAUAGCAAAACACCAGCAGUCUCAGGCACAGCCGUUUUUUCCAGCCCUCAUUAAAAACUCACCACCAAAACAAGCAGCUAGUGGUCCUCAGAAUGGUGCAGCAGGUCUUAAAAGCUGCAGGAGACGAUGGGGUCAGACUUUGGUAAAGGCUGUGGACAGCUGGGAUGACUUGGAUGACGCUGAAUUUGGAAUGUCAUAUUCAAAGAAGCCUAGCAUUGCACUAUUGAAAGAAAAGAAAAACAAAGAAUGCCUUUUGGGUGGGCCAGAUCCGAAGGUUUCAGGCUGUAUCCAGUCAGGAGGUGAAAAUAAGGUUCCAAUGAGAAAUGAUUCUGGAAUAUCAAAUACAUCAGCAAAACAGUACUACCUGAGACAAUCAAGAUACCUGCCUGGUGUAAACCCUAAGAGUGUCUCUUUAGUAGCAGCCGGUAAAGAAGGAUCACACGGAAGCUGGAGCAAUCAGUUGUUUUCUAAACCACUAGGGCAUGUUGGAGGAGGACUGUCUUUCAACAAAAAUAAUACAGAAGAGAACUUAAUUAUACCAAUUGAAAAACUAUCAUGCAAAGAAAGGUUGAAUGAAAAAUUAGAGGAUCCAAAAGGAAAUCCUGGCUUUGUAGGGGCUGCUGCUUACAACCCACCAGGAGGAUAUAUCCCCUCGUUUCAUAAAAAAGAAGUUGGAUCUGCUGGACAGCGGAUACAGCUAGCGCCUUUUGGGGCACCUGCCUCAGAUUAUUCUUGGAAAACCAAAGCUGCUCGUGCACAGUUACCAGGAACUACUUACAAUUCAGCAACCAGAACCAUGAAUAUCUUGACUCGCCCACCAACAAUCCAGCCAGUACAUGGAAGAACAGACUGGGUGGCCAAGUACGGAGGGCACAGAUAGAGAGUGUCGUCCUGCAGAGAUGUUACGUGAGCUGCGUUCGGUCCUC